CCGCUCACAUCGGCGUGGGUAUCAGUGGUCAGGAGGGCAUGCAGGCGGUCCUCUCCAGCGACUACUCCUUCGCCCAGUUCCGCUUCCUGCAGCGCCUCCUGCUGGUGCACGGCCGCUGGUCCUACCUGCGCAUGUGCAAGUUCCUGCGCUACUUCUUCUACAAGAACUUCACCUUCACCUUCGUCCACUUCUGGUUUGCCUUCUUCUGCGGCUUCUCUGCGCAGACGGUGUACGAUGAGUGGUUCAUCACACUCUACAAUCUGGUGUACACAGCACUACCUGUCCUGGGAAUGAGUCUGUUCGAUCAGGAUGUGAACGACGUGUGGAGUUUCCAGCAACCUCAGCUCUACGUGCCCGGUCAGCUCAACCUGUACUUCAGCAAGAAGGCCUUCUUCAAGUGUGCCCUCCACAGCUGCUACAGCUCCAUGGUGCUCUUCUUCAUCCCCUACGCCGCCAUGCACGACACGGUGAGGGGGGACGGGAAGGACGUCGCCGACUACCAGUCCUUCGCCCUGCUCACACAGACAUGUCUGCUGUUUGCCGUCACCAUCCAGUUGUGUUUGGAGAUGUCUUACUGGACGGCGGUGAACACUUUCUUCGUGUUGGGCAGUCUGGUCAUGUACUUUGCUGUCACGUUCACCAUGUACAGUAACGGCAUGUUCCUCAUGUCUCCGUCAGCCUUCCCUUUUAUCGGAACAGCCCGUAACUCUUUGAACCAGCCCAACAUUUGGCUGACGAUCCUCCUCACCUCCAUCCUGUGUGUCCUUCCUGUGGUCACAUACCGCUUCCUGUUUAUUCAGCUCUGCCCCACCAUCAACGACAAGAUAAUGUUUAAGGUGAGACAGGCCAAAGCCUCACCCGCCCCCCCGCCUCGACGCACCCGAAUCCGGCGCACCAGCUCCCGCCGCUCAGGCUACGCCUUCUCCCACGCGCAGGGCUAUGGGGACCUGGUGACCUCGGGGCGCUUCUUGCGGCGCCCCGCUUUGUCCCGAUCCUCAGGUUUGACCAACGCAGGCCGCACCACCACAGGCUUCAGUCCCAUGGGCCGAUCGGCGGGAUACAGCCCGACGGGACGACCGCAGAACGCCAAGGUCUCGGAUGUGGAAGUUACGUCGCUGCAGAUGUACAGAACUAUCACUGACCCUUCCCUCUGACAGAGAGAGGGUUCACUUUAAGAUCUGGGAGGAGGUAUGAUGUCACUUGGACAGCAACUGGUGUUUUAAAAGCUUCCAUUUGUUCAAUGAAGAACUUGCUUGGGCUUUCCGGAAAAAGUCAUAUUAUCUGCACGGUCGACCAAAGCAAGGUUUUGAAAUGACCGUGCAUUUUAUUUUGUAACACUUUUAUCAAAGGGAACUACAGCAAAGUGUGCCGAUGGAUCCCUUUCUUUAGAUCAUGAGUGUUCAUGUUCAACAUGCCUCAUGCAUAGCCAUCACAUGAGAGGACAAUGGAAACAGCUACAGGGUGAUUCACUCACAGAUAGGAACAACCACAGAAACCAGGGGAAACUUUUUGGCUUCAAGAAAAGGACAAAGUGUCAUCAUGUUUACAGAUUUCCCGGAUUUCCUUUACCUCGGGAGUCUAGAUGCACAGCAGGGCUUUGUGCAGAGGAAACAACCAGCAAAGCCAUUUUUGUAUACAAUUAUUUUUUAUUUUUGGUGUCUUUUUUAAAGCAUUUGAUUGUUUUCUCUUUAAAGAUUUUUGCACUUUGGCAGUGGGAGAUAACUGAAUGUUUGAACGAUCAUGAAUGUUUCGUAGACAAAGUUCAUAUGCUCAGUGACGGCAAAAGUUAAGAAAAUCUGCUGGUUUAUAAUUGUUUACUUCAAUCAACCUUCUCUGGCUGCAUUUAAGAGGUUUAUCGUUCUGUACACAAAGUUAUAUUGGUGAUAUUUCAAUCGAUACCUCAAGGUUUUCCACUAGUUCAGCAUCUUCGGUGCAGUCUUAGCAUUCUGCAUUCAGAGCCAAACGCAUGUGUUAAAGGGCCAGUGUGUCAUAUUUAUUAGGAUCUUUUAGCAGAAAUAAAUAUGUAUAAUAUUAAUUUCAUUAAUGUAAAUCCUCUUUGGACAAUUGGUUGUGUGUAUUUGAUCUUAGGAUAAGCACACCUACAUUCAGUUGGCUGCAAUGCUUGAUACCGCUAAAUCCUACAAACUGCAGGUCCCUUUAAAAGUGACGUAUAAGCCAUUUUGAUUUGACAUUCCAUUAAAAAGCUGUUUAUGAGAUACUCCAUCAUAUCAUAAUAAGUCAUUAUUUUACUAGCGAACUAGCUUGCUGCAGUGUAUGUGGCAAUCAACUUGGUAGUAAGCAGUAUUUCUAAUUACUUUCCUCGAUCUUUUUCUCUUCAGCUUAAUGAAAAUAUAAUUCCUGUAUAUUGCAAUGCAGAAACAGCGCUGACAAGAAUAUUUGAUGGAAGAUGAUGAGGUUUUAUGCAACCCAGUCAAGAACUAGUAAUGUUUUUAUGUGAAGCAAACAUAUUGUAUACAGUCUGGUAGCUUGUCCCCUCUGUGGGAUCAAUCUUCAAGCAAUUAUUUUAGUGUUUGAAGGUUUCCAAACUGAUUUUUUUUUGUGUAAUUGUACACAUAAUAUCUGACCAUAUCUUUAUUUUUCCAUGGAUAUGCAAUUACUGUUUUUAAUCGCUCAUCAUCUUUUCAACUACAGUUAAAUUUAAACCAUUAGACUGGCCCUGUUAUCCCUUUCCUGUAGUCUGUUAUAUGUGUUUGUGUGCAUGUAAAUGGUCUGCAAAGGCUAAAAUUCCAAAGUUA